AUGUCAGAACUGAUGAUUUUUCCAAAAUAUGAGAUGAUCGAGAAAACGAUUCAUAAAAUUAACACUUAUGGCGAAGACCGAAUGGAAAAUAGAAAUAUGAAUGAUACGCUUGCAACUUGCGAUAGAACUCAAAAGGGUCAAAUUCGUUGGAAAAAGUGCACAGUAGCCGGCUGCCAAGAGGUCAAUAGAUGUGAAAAUUGCUUCUCCCUCGACCUCGAUUCGGAAAGAUGGACAUUUUCUCAAGAUUAUCCGGUUCACUUCAAGUGUUUCAACGAAAAUUCCGAAGAAACUCUUCCAGAAGUCGGCAAUAUCGGCUUUUUCGAAUGCUGCGGCGGCGAUUAUUUUCUUUACUACGUUCCAGUUAAAAAUGAAACUGCUGAAAAUUUGCCAAAGCGAAAAGCAGCUUUUUCAAAAGACACCCUUAGAAAUAUCGGUUAUGGAACUUUGACGGGUCUCUUUAUCUUUGGAGCGAUCGUGAUUAUUUGCUGGUUUUUGCGAAAUCGGUCGGAAAGAAUCAAACAGAAAGAAAAGGAGCUUGAAAGAGCCAAGGCGGAGAAAUCGAGAAGAGAUAAAGAGAAAAAAUCAGCAAAACCCGAAUAA